AUGAGCGACUUGCUGCAGCAAGAAUACAAGAGGCUGACAGGGACAGACUCGUCCACUCUUGAGGGCCCCCUCUCAGAAGACGCCUUGGCCAACUUGAAGCUAUACAAGUACUCGUCUGUUGACAAGUCAUUCACCUCGCGCUAUGUCCUGAAACACUAUUGGAACGCAUGCGUCGAAUUUCUGCCACUAUGGCUGGCUCCCAACAUGGUGACGCUGCUGGGCUUCUUCUGCAUCAUCAGCAAUGUCGUCCUAAUGCUCAUCUAUGACCCUGCGUUGACUGGAACCGCUCCCUCAUGGGUCUACUACAGCUAUGCCCUCGGCAUUUGGGCUUACAGCACCAUGGACAACAUUGAUGGCAAGCAAGCUCGUCGUACUGGAACUUCGUCUCCAUUGGGUGAGCUUUUCGAGGGCGAAUUAAACAGUCAUGGUAUCGACAGUCUCAACUGCACGCUCGCAUCGCUCCUCGAAACAUCGGCCAUGGGUCUUGGUUCAACACGCCUCGGUGCUCUCACUGCACUUGUGCCCACACUGCCCAUGUUCUUCUCGACCUGGGAGACAUAUCACACCCACACCCUGUUCCUUGGCUACUUCAAUGGCCCCACCGAGGGUCUAAUCAUUGCUGCACUCAUUAUGAUCCUCUCUGGUUACUACGGUCCUACACUGUGGACAUCUCCGCUAGCCUCUCUCUUCGGCCACGAGCAAUUCCUCGGCAAGACCUGCUUCCUCGAUCUCUGGGGUCCUAUUUUGAUUCUUGGACUCUGUCUCGCACAUAUUCCUGAUUGUGUCAACAACGUAUACCAGGCAAGAAAGGGCAGAAAUCAGUCUUUGUUCCCUGUCCUGCUAGAAUGGGCUCCCAUCUUGAUUUUCACUGGUUCUUUGUGCGCAUGGCUAGGAUCGCCUUACUCGCAUCUGCUGAAGGAUAACCAUUUGUCCCUGCUUUGUUUCACCCUCUCGCCAGCUUUCGGCCGCAUGACCACCAAAAUCAUCCUUGCGCAUCUGACUCGCCAGGAGUUCCCCAUGUGGACUGUCAUGCUGGCCCCACUCCUUCUCGGCAGCAUUCUCAUCAACUUGCCCUACAUUGGUCUUCCUGGUCUGUCGGCAAGCUCUGAGCUCUGGUUCUUGAGAGGAUACCUUGCAUUCGCCACUAUUGUAUACGCGCGCUGGGCCAUCUAUGUCUGCAACAGCAUCUGCAACUACUUGGGUAUCAACUGCUUGACCAUCCCCGAAGAAAAGUGGAUGGCAUUGCAGGCUGGCGCACCUCCAGUCCAGAGACCUGAGGCAAACCGCUUGGCUUCUGGAUCCAUCAGGUUGCAGAAGGGUGGUGCCAAUGGCAAGUUUGCUUAA